UUUGUUGUUUUUGGCUCAACAUUGAUUAGAGUUUUAUUUUGUUCUAACGCUUCGAUAGCCACCAAAUUAAUCCAAUCAAACAUAACGUCUAAUUCAGAUGAAUUAGAUUUUAAAGCGUUAUUGGUGUUUCCUGACAUCUGAGGCCAAAGAAAAUGCUGUGGCUGCCAAUAACCCUUCUACUUGUUUUGUCAAGUAAAGUCAACCUUGCAGGGUUUCUUGACAAAUCAAUUGGAGCUGAGUCAUAUUUUGAUGUCUUGGCCUUACCUUCAGUGAAAAGCAAUCUCAAUAAUUUGGAUAGUAAUACCAUUAAUUUGAAAGCAUCUGAUAGUGAUAUCAAAACUCAACGUUAUACUCCGGACUGGAACAGUCUGGAUAGCAGGCCUUUACCCUCUUGGUAUGAUGAUGCCAAAUUUGGCAUCUUUAUCCAUUGGGGAGUCUUCUCUGUCCCUGCAUAUGGUUCUGAAUGGUUCUGGUGGUACUGGAAAGGAGCAAAAAAACCUGAAUUUGAGGAAUUCAUGCAAAGAAACUAUGCACCUGGAUUUACUUAUGCAGACUUUGCACCCAAGUUUACAGCAGAGUUUUACAAUCCACUUGAAUGGGCAGAGAUAUUCAAAAAUUCUGGAGCAAAGUAUAUAGUUCUAACAAGUAAACAUCAUGAAGGAUAUACUCUUUGGCCUUCAAGAUAUUCCUGGAAUUGGAAUGCAAUGGAUGUGGGGCCCAAAAGAGACUUAGUUGGUGAUUUGGCUGAAGCCAUCCGGAAUUCCACAGAUCUAAAAUUUGGACUUUACCAUUCAUUAUUUGAAUGGUUUCAUCCUCUUUACCAACAGGAUGAACAGAAUAAUUUCACUACGCAGGAUUUUGUUAAGCUUAAAACAAUCCCCGAGCUUUAUGAGAUAGUAAACAAGUACAAGCCGAGUAUCGUUUGGUCAGACGGCGAUCAAGGUGCCAAAGAUGUUUACUGGAACGCCACAGAUUUUAUCGCUUGGCUUUACAAUGACAGCCCGGUCAAAGAGGAUGUGGUAGUUAAUGAUCGAUGGGGAUCAGGCAUAGCCUGUCAUCAUGGCGGCUUUUACACUUGCGAUGAUCGCUUUAACCCAGGAAAACUUUUGCCGCAUAAAUGGGAAAACUGCUUGACCAUUGACAAGAAUUCCUGGGGCUACCGCCGGAAUGCCAGACUUUCUGAUUUUUUAUCGACGCACGAGCUAAUCAAGGAGCUCGCCAGUACUGUCAGUUGCGGAGGAAAUAUGCUACUGAAUGUUGGUCCCACGCACGACGGGAUAAUUGCGCCUAUUUUUGAAGAGCGUCUUCGUCAGAUUGGUGAUUGGCUAAAGGUCAAUGGGGAAGCUAUUUACUCCACUCAACCUUGGACCCAUCAGAAUGAUACGCUCACUCCAGAUGUUUGGUAUACUUCGUCAAAGGGCGGCAAGACUGUUUACGCAAUUUUUCUUUUUUGGCCAAGAUGGGAUAUCCUUAACCUUGGUGCGCCUGAGGUGAGCUCUCGUACACACAUCUCAAUAGUUGGCUACGAUGGAGACAUUGACUGGGUUGUAUCGCCACCUGGAAUUCAGUUGACUUUGCCAUCGAAAUCGGAAAUGUUAAGUGAUUGGGCUUGGGUGGUACAGUUAGAUAACUUGGUGAACUGAAAGGAUAAACGACCCGUGCACUAUUGCUUAAUGCGGAAAAUUGCUUUUCUUCAUUUUAAAAACUAUAUCUAAUCAUCAGAAAAUGGUGAAUUGAAGACAAGUCAUAGACGUUAACUUUUCGCCGUCGUCCUUAAACAAUAUCAAAGUACAGUCCAAGCGUUCUUGAACAUUUCGAGAUCCUUGUCAAUGUGUUAUUUACUAUGUAGUACAUAUGGUGCUGAAUAGAAAAUCAGUAAGCAGGUGUUGAAAAUCUGACUUGUCACUGUAUCUUAACUUCCUCACAUAGUACAAGAAAGUUUUUGAAAACUCA